AUGGAGAGGAGUAACCAUACAUCAUCUGGGGCCACCAUGGAGUUCCUGCUGCUCGGCUUCUCGGACCUGCUCCGCCUGCGGGCCCUCCUCUUCCUCCUCCUCCUCAUGGUGCACGUGGCCACCCUCGCAGGAAACCUCCUCAUACUGCUGGCGGUGGCUGCUGAGCCUUCGCGCCCUCCCAUGCUUCUCUUCCUCUGCCAGCUCUCCGCGAUCGAACUCUGUUACGCCCUCGUCAUCGCGCCCAAGACCCUGGCUGACCUUGCCAGCCUGGGCGGCAGCACCAUUUCCUUUGUGGGCUGUGCAACGCAAAUGCAUUUCUUUGUGGCCCUGGGAGGGGCUGAAUGUUUCCUGCUGGCAGCCAUGGCUUACGAUCGCUACGUGGCCAUCUGCCGGCCCCUGCUCUACACAGCAACGAUGAGCCAAGCCUUCUGCCUCCAGCUGGCUCUCCUCUGCUGCCUCGGUGGCUUUGCCGUCUCCCUGGGCCUGACCGUGGCUGUCUUCCGCCUGCCUUUCUGCAGCUCCCGCCGUAUCGAUCAUUUCUUUUGCGACAUCCCGGCUCUGCUCCACCUGGCCUGCACGCGGAGCUACACCAGCGAGCUCCCGCUUCUUGCAGCCUGCGUGAUCCUCCUCCUGCUCCCCUUCCUCCUCAUCCUCACCUCCUAUGCCUGCAUCACCGUGGCAGUGGUGCAGAUCCGUGACUCCGCUGGCUGGGGCAAAGCUUUCUCUACAUGCGCCUCGCACCUGGCUGUCACGCUCUUACACUAUGGCUGUGCCACCUUCAUGUACAUCCGACCCAAGCCCAACUACUCACCGGGCCGGGACAAGAUGGUAGCACUCGUCUACACCAACAUCACCCCCUUGCUUUACCCUCUGAUCUACAGUCUCAGGAACAAAGAAAUCAAAGGAGCCGUGCGCAAGCUGCUGCAAAAGAGAUUGGCUCAGCCAAGCUGGAACACCUUUAAGAGGAGACCCACACAAUUCGUGGGCCAAUGA